AUGAAAAGAGCUUCAGACAAUCUCGAGUUCAGCAUUCGCGGCGACGCGCAGGAGCACCACCGCAUCAUGCUCGAGAACAAUCUACAGCACACUGACCUGUCUUUGCAUCUCUCUUCUACACCAGACGACGACAAUCAUAGCACCGGCGACUACUCUAUCGAAUAUCCCAGGCACCACUCUGGUCCUUCGCCCAUGGACGGGUACUUGUCGCUUGACUAUCGCUCGCGAGACGACUUUGAACCUGGCAGCCACAGUCAGCUGGGUGCCUGGUCAUAUCCCACCGUGGACGACGACGAGGGCACCAACCCCUACGGAGGCGAGACCAUCUCCACGGCAGCACACCACGCAAGUGCUCUCACGUUGAGCGCUGGUCUGGCAGGACGCGGCGCCCGCAGAGAACCCAGCUUGAGUGGUGCUGAGUACGACCCGGAUCGACCAAUCCAAGACAUGGUAGCAGCAUUGGAUAGCAAGAUGAGCAUCUUUGAUACGGGAUCUCGGAAUACUACGUCCGCAUUCGACCCACUGGUGGUGGACGACACGGCGGAGCUUGAGCACAUCGUCGACGCCUCGCGCAACGCAAGCGGCACACCACGACCCAAACUAGCUGAUCAUCUUUCCCGACUAGCCUUCUCGCCCAAGCGUCCCCGGAGCGCCCUCUCGCCCUCGCCCGAAUCAUCUUCCUCACGAGACAGAGUAAGGUCGUUACAAUACAGGCCACAGCAACCACAAAUUAUCUCCGAGCGACACCGAUCUGCCGUUCCUGCGUCGCCCUCGCCCGCAGAGCGUACUCCCCGGGCUGCGACCAAGUCACGUCAAGCGAGGAAUAGCCCGGCUCGUACCGCGACCCCGUCUACCGGCGGUUCCCACUUCACGAGACUGGCGAAAGGGCUGGCAAAGGAGAUACAGGAAGAGCAAAGCCGCUGGGACAUACAGGGCAGGGAGGGGGAGGUGUAUCUCCCGAAUGUCACUGCCCAAAGCACUAUUCAUGAGCGUCGCUCGAAGAAAACUGGCUUACCUGAGCGGACGGAGAGAAACCCCUUCCGGGACCUGGCGAACUAUCCUCACCCUGACUCCAGACCUGCUGCCCGCACUGCAGUCGACUCACCCGCUCCCUUUUCGCGUUCCCCCGCGGUGAACAUGUCCAGAGGCGGUGUUCAACUUCCUGAUGUCACUGGUCUAACGAGCGCUGUGGCGUCGCCUGCAAAACCUGGCCUUCAGUACUAUGGAUACCAGGUCGACGAUGAUGCCGCUGCAGAAGCUGAAGCUCGCCUGAUAGGCGUCCUGAAUAACCUCCAAUCGAAGCUGGCUAGGCUCGAAGACGAGAACGGCGUGUCGCGUCGUCGAGUACGCGAGCUAGAGUUAGAGCUAGAUGCGUGCAAAAGAGAAGCGGCAAGAGAGCGAACUGUGUUGCUGGAAGAUAGUGGGCGGCACCGGCAGGGAAAGAGCAAGGCCAUGGGGUCGAAGCAGCCUGUUGCAGGGCCUUCAACGAUGCCUGAAGGAAAUGAAAAGCGUUACCAGCAGAUCAUCGAGGAGAAGAAAGCGCUGGAAGCUCUGAUAUCUACGUUACGCACACACCUGUCUCGGCUUACAGGUGAACUCUCCUCUCAUCAGGAGCUACUCAUGGAGUUGCGGUCACUGCGAGAGACGGAUUCUCGUACUCUGAAAGAGAAGGUGGAAGAGGUAGACCGACUAAAGGAAGAAGUCGAGAGGCUUGCCGGAGAGAUAGAGGUACUACGUGGGGUUGUGGAGGAAGGUUUGAGGGAGAGGCGGAUCCUGAAGUCCCAAGGCCACACUUCAUUGUCCUACGUGACCGAGGAGAUGACGCGGGAUGUUACUGAGCAUAUGGAUGAAGAGCAACAGGACAGAGAGCAGGAACAGGAAGAAGAAGAGCCAGGACACGUCGCGAUGCCCGAACCACUCGAGGAUGACGAGCCAGAAGAAGACCAGGAUUCCGAACGAGAUUCUGGUGCGGAGUACCCCUCCACCGUGCAACCUCCAUAUGACAGGACAUCUGCAACGGAUCGAGCGACACUUGGUUCUUAUGGCGCACCGGAGGGAGGCUCAAGAAGAUUCAUCCGCAAUCAAGAGGUGGAGAGGAUAUCUGAAGACUUGACCGAUCGGCGCUUCGAGCGCACGGCUUCGCCCAUUUCCUUCUCUGGCUCCCGUACCCGUUCCAACUUAUCCCAGUCUCAGUCACGUUCUGCGACUCCUGGCCCUUCCCAGUCAAGGUCUUCUAGAGGCUCCAGCCCCAAUAGUGCAAGUAACCGAUCUCAAGACUCUGGCAUCGGUGAGGAGUUGACCUCCGCUGGGUCGAGCAACCGUCAGCGCCCCUAUUCCCCUAUCACUGUGAACGCUGAAGAUAGUGGUCGGAUAGCUGGGCCUUCUCGGCCUGCUGCACCUACGCCUGGGCACGCAGCUGCGCGUAGGCCAGCCCGUAAUACUGGCUCGGCGCAAGCCAGUCCUGUCGAUGCAACACCAUUCCCUCAGAUCCGUGGCGAGUACUUGGAGCGGCUAUUCUUCUCUGCACCCGAGCAUAAUGCGAAGACCUGUCGAGUCUGUCAUCGCCGCCGACGUCCCGGCUCUCCGACUUUGCGCUUCCGCCCCCAUUCCCGAGCUAGGGACACUCAUCGGAGAUACGAAGAUGACGAUGAGGGGUUUGCGGACGGCGGUGAAGCUGUGGAAGACGAGUUUCUCAACUUCCGCACCCGAUUCGAGCGCAGACGCGCGAAGCAACGUAACAAGGAAGAGGAAGCUCGCGAGUCUUUGCCCCCUCAGACCGUGCUUGCACGUGUUGUAAGAGAACUGGAAGAAGACUUCACACACUACAAGGGCGUAUACGUGGAGCUGGCCGACCAAUAUAAGGACAUGGACCCCGCCUCGGAUGUAGCAAAACGAAACGUACUGGCGGACCAUCUGCGAGAUGUCAUUGACAUCCUUGAACAGAAGGGCGACCAAAUUGCAUCCUUGUAUGGUCUGCUUGACUUUAAGGACAAACCAAUAGAGACCGAACCCACGGGUGGUGACACUCGGCCUAGAAAGAAACAAACUAUCUUCGCAUAA